AUGGCCACCCCCAGUGUUCUCACCUUUGACGCUGAGGGUCGGGCUGUUGACUUUGAGGUCUGGGUAGAUGAUCUGCAGCUUUUCCUACAGUGCGAUAGGGCAGACGGUCUCUCCCUCUUUGACCUCACUUCUGGUGCCUCUCCUCCCCCUGCUGCUGAUGCUGACGCCACUGUUCGCUCACAGUGGGCCACGCGCGAUGCUGCUGCCCGCCUUGCUGUGCGCCGCCACUUGCCGACCACUGAGCGUGCGCACUUUAGUCAGUACAAGAGUGCUAAGACCUUGUACGAUGCUGUAGUUGCACGCUACUCUUCCCCUGCCACUGCUGCGCUUAGCCGCCUCAUCCUGCCGUACCUCUUCCCUGACCUCGCCGCUUUUCCCACUGUCGCUGACCUCAUUACGCACCUUCGCACUAGUGACAUUCGCUACCGCGCUGCGCUUCCUGCUGAGUUCUGCGCCAAGAACCCCCCCCCCAUGUACAUCACCCUCUACUACAUAGUCACCCGGCUCCCUGACACCCUUCGCUCGGUCAGGGACCACUUUCUCUCUGUUUGCCCCACCACUCUCACCGUUGACCUCCUCGAGGAGCGUCUCCUAGCAGCAGAGCAGAGCAUAGUUGCUGUAGGAGCCUCUCGAGGUGACCCUCGUACCCCUGUCUUUGAGGGGUGCUCCCCCUCCCCCCUCUUGCCCUCUGUUGCCUCUGCUGCUGCGGCCGACCUCGUGGGUGUUGAGUCGGUCGGUGCGGCGUCUACCCCUAGCGGGAGACGCCGCUCAGGCAAGGGCAAGGGGGGCAAGGGCGUUGGGGGAGCUGGCGGAGGCGGUGGAGGUGGCGGUGGAGGAGGCGGAGGGAGUGGGGGUGGCGGUGGGAGUGGUGGUGGGAGUGGGGGCACUAGUGGAGGCAGUGGCGGCGGAGGAGGAGGCGGUGGUGGAGGUAGCGGCGGCGGAGGUGGAGCGGGUCGGGGCGGCUCUACGCAGAGGGUCGGCUCCGGUGGUGGUCAGUGCCAGCCGCAGCAGCAGCAGCGUCCUCGUGAGACCCCUUCCCCCCAGCAGCUUCGUGAGUGGUACACUGCUCGUCAGCGGGGCGGGGGUGCUGGCCCCUGUACCUACGUUCUCCGUACCGGCGACCGCGCGGGUGAGCAGUGUGGUGGAGCGCACUCCACCCAGCGCUGUUUCGGCCGUCUGACGGACGCUUGGCGUCACCAGUUCCCCGACGCUACUGAGAUCCCUCGCUGGGGCGAGCUGUCUAGGGCGGGUGUUGCGAUCUUUGAUCUUGAUUAUGAUGCUAUUCUUGCUGCCAUGUAUGCUGUGACUAUUAGUGAUGAGGGUGACUGUUACCGGUGUUUUCCGCCCGACCCGGGCAUUGAGGCUGCUGCUCUAGGUGCUGGUGAGACUGCUGCUCUAGGUGCCAGUGCGUCUGCCGCCCCAGGUGCCGGUGAGUCUGCGCUCUCAGGUACUGCGUCGUCUCCGGACACCCACACCUUCACCCUUGACUCGGGUGCUUCCCGCUCCUUCUUUCGAGACUGCACCACGCUCACGCCGCUUAGUCGGCCAGUGGCGGUCUCCCUGGCAGACCCCUCUGGGGGCCCUGUCCUUGCCCGCUUCUCCACUGUCCUACCGUGUCCGGCGGCCCCUUCUGGCACCCUGUCAGGUCUUUACCUCCCCUCGUUCUCUACGAACUUGGUGAGUGGUGCUGACCUCCAGGAUGCAGGGGUUCACCAGUUCACUCCUGCGAGUCAGCGAGUGACCCACUGUACCUGUGCUCGGUCGGGCCGUCACUUGGCCACGUUUACCCGUCAGCCGGGGUCGAGCCUGUACACACUGACUACUGAGUCUCCUCCAGUUGCUGAGUCUGCUCAGGUAGCAGCGUCGGGUCAGGUGUUUGCUGCGGCGUCCAGGUCUGGCCCUGAGUCUGCCCCCUGCUCGUGUCGUCUCCUGUCCCACCAGACUCUUCUCUGGCACCACCGCCUUGGUCACCCCUCCCUGCCUCGUCUUCGAGGCAUGGCUUCCCGUCUUCUUGUCUCUGGCCUCCCCCGGUCCCUCCCUCCCCUUCCUCCGGGGCCUGCCCCCACCUGCGUUCCCUGCGUCGAGGGGCGGCAGCGCGCUGCUCCUCACUCCUCCGAGUUUCCUCCGACAGAGGCUCCGCUGCAGACGCUUCACAUGGACGUGUGGGGCCCAGCCCGCGUCCGUGGGCAGGGUCACGAGCGUUACUUCCUGUUGGUGGUUGACGACUACUCGCGUUACACCACAGUCUUCCCCUUGCGCAGCAAGGGUGACGUCACUGAGGUGUUGAUCGCCUGGAUCCGCGCGGCUCGUCUCCAGCUCAGGGAGAGUUUCGGCUCGGACUUUCCUGUUCUGCGUCUGCACUCCGACAGAGGCGGAGAGUUCUCCUCUGACCUUCUGCGGGCCUUCUGUCGUGCACGAGGCAUCCGCCAGACCUUCACGCUUCCGGACUCUCCACAGCAAAAUGGGAUUGCUGAGCGCCGCAUUGGCAUGAUCAUGGACGUCGCUCGUACGUCCAUGGUCCAUGCGGCUGCCCCCCAUUUUCUGUGGCCGUUUGCGGUUGGCGAUGCGUCUGCGUUCCGUGUCUGGGGAUCUCGGGCGUUUGUCCGCGACUUGUCUGCGGACAAGCUGUCCUCUCGUGCUGUUCCCUGCGUCUUCCUUGGCUUCCCUCCUGACGCGCCAGGCUGGCAGUUCUACCACCCCACCUCGCGCCGUGUUCUGUCCUCCCAGGACGUCACCUUUGACGAGUCGGUUCCCUACUACCGUCUCUUCCCCUACCGCACUGCGUCCCUCCCUCCCCCGCCGCUCUUCCUUACGCCAGGUCCCCCUCUGGUAGACCCCCUCCCCCCUCAGGGUCCUGCCCCCUCAGGUGUGUCCCAGGUAGAUGCAGUCGAGCCUGUCGAGGUAGCUGUUGACUCUGGUGCUGCUGGGGGUGCUGAGCCUGGGGGUGCUGCGCCUGGGGGUGCUGCGUCUGGGGGUGCUGGGUCUGGGGGUGCUGAGCCUGGAGGUGCUGCGUCUGGGGGUGCUGAGCCUGGGGGUGCUGAGCCUGGGAGUGCUGCGUCUGGGGGUGCUGAGCCUGGGGGUGCUGCGUCUCGGAGUGCGGAGCCUGAGGGUGCUGGGCCUGCUCGUGUGGCGUCUGGUGGUGCUGGGCCUGGAGGUUCUUCGGGUGCUUCGUCCCGGCUGGAGUUACUCUCUCCACAGGAGCUGCGUGAGUGGUUUGCCCGGCGCUGGAGGCGUGCUGCUGGAGCUGGCGGUGCUACGGACGCUGGAGGUUCUGCUGCUGCUGAGGGUGCUGGUGCAGCGGGUCCCGGAGGUGCUCGUACAGGGUGUACUGGAGCUGCUGGGCCUACGGGUGCUCCUGGUGCUGGAGCUGGUGGUGCUACUGGUGCUCCUGACGUAGGUGCUGCUGGUGCUCCUGGAGCUGGAGCUGCUGCGUCUUCUGGUGGUCCGACUGGAGCUGGAGCUACUGGGGGUGUUGGCACUGGAGGUGCUACUGGCGCUGGUGACUCUGAGGGUGCUGGAGUUGGCGCUGCUGGAGCUGGGGGUUCUACUGGUGCUGGUGCUGCCGUUGGGGGUGCUGGUGCUGUUCCUUCUGGUACUGGUGGCGCUGCGCGGCCACGGCCGUACUUCGUUCCGCUCCUUGAGCAGGUUCUUGGUCUUCCGUCCUCUCUUGGUCCUGGUCCUAGCUUAGAGUGUCCGCCUCCUGUCCAGUCUGAGUCACAGUUACAGCCAGCCUCCCCGCUUCCUUCUCCUUCUCCCUACACUGGUCCUACUGGAGGUCUUGCUGAGCGUCGUGAGCCUGCGUCUCGCCCUGCGUCGCCUGUCCGUGCUGCUCGCACUAGUGGUCGUGGUUCGCGUCAGCGUCCUCCCCCUGUCCCCGGCACGCACCGGAUGUCUCUGCGUCCUUCCACUGCUCCGAUGCAUGCCCCUUUGCCUUCUCCUCCCGCGUCCUCUCUUCCUGCACUUCCUGACCCGGAGUCGGACUCCCUUCGUGCUGCGCGUCCUACUGUCACGCGUCUCCUUGCUACUGUCGUCACUGACCCUUCCUUUGAGUCUACUGCUGCGUCUGCCCUAGUUGCUGAGCUUGUCGACUUCGCUGCUCGCUGUCGCCUAGACUACGCUGCCAGUCUCGUCGCUGAGUCUGAGUCUGUCUGUCCUCCGUCCGUUGGGGGUGAGUGUGCUCUUGGCACGGACGUCCUUGAGGACAGGCAAGAGGAGUUCCAGUGCUUGGCUGCUGCUUCACCUCAUCUCGUGUCCAUGCUGCUUGCCCCUGAGGGAGACCCGGAUGCACUUGACAUCCCGACUCCGCGCUCUUACGCGGAGGCGAUAGAGGGUCCCUACUCCUCUCAGUGGCAGGCAGCCAUGGACGCAGAGAUGGCUUCCUGGAAGUCCACAGGCACCUACGUUGACGAGGUUCCCCCGCCUGGGGCGAACAUCGUCAGUGGCAUGUGGAUUUUCAGGGUGAAGCGGCCGCCGGGUUCUCCGCCUGUCUUCAAGGCGCGUUACGUGGCUCGUGGCUUCAGUCAGCGACAGGGAGUUGACUACUUUCAGACCUUCUCUCCCACCCCGAAGAUGACCACUCUUCGGGUACUACUGCACAUAGCCGCUCACCGAGACUACGAGCUGCACUCUCUUGACUUCAGCACUGCUUUCUUGCAGGGCAACCUGCACGAGGAGAUCUGGCUACGCCGCCCACCUGGCUUCACUGGGACUUUUCCUCCUGGCACCCAGUGGAGCCUCCGCCGGCCAGUCUACGGUCUCCGCCAGGCACCUCGUGAGUGGCACGACACACUGAGGACUACACUUGCGGCUCUCGGGUUUGCUCCUUCUACUGCCGACCCGUCGCUGUUUCUGCGCACCGACACUUCUUUGCCGCCGUUCUACAUCCUCGUGUACGUCGACGACUUGGUCUUUGCUACAGCUGACACUGCUGGACUCGCCUACGUGAAGUCCGAGCUGCAGAAGAGACACACGUGCACAGACCUGGGUGAACUGCGCAGCUACCUUGGCUUGCAGAUCACCCGGGACAGAGCACAGCGCACCAUUACUCUGACUCAGUCACACAUGGUGCAGCAGGUCCUUCAGCGCUUCGGCUUCACGUACUCCUCGCCUCAGGCCACUCCUCUGUCUACACGCCACUCGCUCUCAGCUCUGCCUUCGGAUGAGUCCGUAGAGUCGAGUGGCCCGUACCCAGAGCUUGUUGGCUGCCUCAUGUACCUGAUGACUUGCACUCGACCUGACCUUGCAUACCCUCUUAGCAUUCUGGCACGCUAUGUUGCUCCUGGGAGACACAGACCAGAGCACAUGGCUGCAGCGAAGAGGGUGUUGCGCUACUUGUGCAGUACAUCGGGCAUGGGGCUUGUGCUUGGAGGGCAGAGUCCAGUGGUCCUCACUGGGCACGCAGACGCUUCUUGGGCUGACGACCAGGCUACGCAGCGGUCGUCACAGGGUUACACCUUCAGCCUUGGUUCCGGCUCUGUUUCGUGGCGGUCUACCCGCUCGUCUUCUGUUUUCGGCUUCAGUUGUGAGGCUGAGAUCUACGCAGGGGCCAUGGCUGCACAGGAGCUACGCUGGCUCACCUACCUGCUGACUGACCUCGGAGAGCCGCCUCGUUCUCCUCCAGUGCUGUACGUAGACAACAAGGCCAUGCUGGCCUUGUGUCGGGAGCACAGACUGGAGCACAGAACAAAGCACAUCGCUCUUCGCUACUUCCUUGCUCGUGAGCUGCAGCAGUGUGGUCAGCUGCGCCUUGCUUACGUGGCCUCUCAGGCCAACACUGCUGAUAUCUUGACUAAGACACUCGCGCCUUGUUAUCAUCAGCGCUUUUGUACUCUGUUAGGUCUUGUGCCUACCUUGUCUCACCUGCUCACUUCUUGA